AUUCUCUCAUUCAUCCCCUCCUCCUUUAUCUUUAAUUCUCUUUAUAUAUAACCUCCCCUUGUUGAUGUGAUUCUCCACUACCCCCUCAUAAACUUUUGCAAAAGAGACCAUCUUUGAAUUUACAUUAAGAACCAUGGGGUUUUCCACCAUUUCUGCUUAUCUUGAUCCAGCCAACUGGCAACAGCAACCGAAUAAUUACCAAACCAACGCUUCUCUUCCGCCGUCCAUACCGGCGCCGCCACCGCUUCCUCAGCUCCACGGGGGCAGCGGAGCGGGAUCUAUUCGGCCCGGCUCGAUGACAGACCGGGCCCGCAUGGCGAACAUACCCAUGCCCGAAACAGCUCAGAAAUGCCCCCGCUGCGAGUCGACGAACACGAAGUUCUGUUACUUCAACAACUACAGCCUGACUCAGCCUCGCCACUUCUGCAAGACGUGUAGAAGGUACUGGACUCGAGGCGGAGCCUUGAGGAACGUGCCGGUGGGAGGCGGCUGCAGGAGGAACAAAAGAAGCAGCAAAACUAGCAGUGGAAACGCUUCGAAAUCUCCUUCUCGUAGCGAAACGGCUUCGGGCUCAACGAGCUCAGCUCUUCCUCCAAACACUUCUACAGCUACAAGUUUCUUGGGGAGCUUGACUUCACAGUUCCCGCAGCUUCGCUUCAUGGCUCCCAUGAGUAGUACUACUCAUCUCAAUGAUCAGUAUGGAGAGAUAGGAAUGAAUUAUAGCGCGAAUGAGAUGAACUUUCCUAUAGGAAGUACUAGCAAUUACCUAUUUGGUGGCGGUGGCGGUGGGGGACUUGCUUCUGUUUUGUCGAGUGGAGGAUCAGGUGUUGAGCAGUGGAGGAUGCAACAAGGGGGGAAUCAUCAUUUCCCUAAUUUCUUGGGAGGGUUUGAUCCGACGGUCACCAGCCAACAAGGCCUAGUCUAUCAAGGGGGUGGCGUCGAGGUGGCAUCGUCGGGUGGUGGUGGUUAUGCUGCAAUGGCUGAUAAGUUCUUAAACAACUCAAUGCUUUCUCAGAUGGCAUUGGUGAAAAGGGAAGGAAAUAAUGCUAAUGCUAAUAACAAUAACAAUAACAGCAUUAAUCGCGACGAUGAUCAUCAGACAAAUUUGGCAAGGCAGUUCUUGGGAUCAGCAGGUCAAGUAGGAAUCAGUGAUCAUCAGCAGCAAUGGAACCCUAGUGGUGGUACCCCUGCAUGGACAGAUCUUUCGGGGUUCAGCUCUUCUUCUACAAGCAAUGCUUUAUGAUAAUUUCCAGUUGAUCAGCAAAAUUAGAGUUAGUUUUGAAAUGGUUCACUACUUAAUCAGGUUUAGAUGGAGUGUUUAGUUUGGGUGCUGACAGUUUAGUAUGGUUUUCUUUUGUGAUCUGGGUUAAACCCUAGAAUUAAUAUAUGGUAUAACUAAAUUAAUUUGUGUGUUUCA